AAUGUCCAACCAUCUCUGAUCCCCCUGUAUUCCACAUGCUUCAAAGUCGUUAUAAGCAAAUUACUAGUUUAAAUAGAACAGGGGAGAUAGAGAGAGCGACCCACGUACAGAGACAAAUCAUAAACACGUGCCCAUACAUGAGAGCAAUUUCUUAUAGGUUCUUCUUCAACACCUUCUCCCCAAUCAAACCCAAUAUCGUUGUCCCUUCUUUUAUCAAGAACAUGUCUGCAGCAGCAGUGGGAGAUGGUAUUAGCCGACCCAGAUCGGUGGUAAAGGUGGUCUUAGCUAAGCCUCAACAUGAUGGAGAUGGAGCUCUUGUUAGAAGAAGCAUUGGAAGGAUGGAAUUAAGGUCUUUGGAUCCUUUCAUCAUGUUGGAUGAGUUCUUUGUUUCUGCUCCUGCUGGAUUUCCUGACCAUCCUCAUAGAGGUUUUGAGACUGUCACAUACAUGUUGGAGGGAGCUUUCACUCAUCAAGAUUUUUCUGGACACAAAGGCACAAUCAGAGCUGGAGAUUUACAAUGGAUGACGGCCGGCCGCGGAAUAAUUCACUCAGAAAUGCCUGCAGAAACAGGAACUCAGAGGGGUUUGCAGCUUUGGAUCAAUUUAUCAUCCAAAGACAAAAUGAUUGAGCCUAAAUACCAAGAGAUGCGCAAGGAGGAAAUUAAGACAGCAGAGGAAGAUGGGGUUGAAGUCCGAGUUAUUGCAGGAGAAGCAAUGGGGAUCCAAUCUCCAGUAUAUACCCGAACACCGGCAAUGUACCUAGAUUUCACUUUAAAACCAGGAGCAAAAUGGAAUCAAAGUAUUCCAGAGUCCUGGAACUCAAUUGUUUAUGUGAUUGAAGGGGAAGGUGUCUUUGGGACUUCAAACUCAUCACCCACUCAAGCGCACCAUGUACUGGUUUUGGGUCCAGGGGAUGGGCUCAGUGCUUGGAACAAGUCUUCUGAUCCUCUCAGAUUUGCUUUGAUUGGUGGGCAGCCUCUUAAUGAACCAAUAGUUCAGUAUGGGCCAUUUGUGAUGAACACACAAACUGAGAUCGACCAGGCUAUUGAUGAUUAUCGCUUUUGCAAGAAUGGAUUUGAAAAGGCCAAGUAUUGGGAAUCUCAGUAAGUUUAGCUUGAAAAAUUGGAGUAUGCUUGAUGCGUCUGAAUUGGAGCCAGAGCAUAUCCACCUAGAAAAGCUAAACAGUAAAUUAUAAAUAUCUGUAGUUUCAUGUUCAUGAGAAAGCAAAUGGUUCUAGAAACUUUAUGAUGGAGAUGUAAAAUAUAUAGGAGCAAUAGUACUACUAAAGUCAUGAUGAGUCAGUUCAAUUGAGUUUAACUUCAGCUAGAUUUUCCUACCUUUCCUUUUCUUAAUUUUUGUUUUCCAUGACUAAGAAGUUAUUGAAUGCAUAUUUUAGUUAAAUCUC